UACGAUAGAAUUGUAGAUAUGCGGGGGAAUCUUUUGACAGUGAUCGCUCAAGAUGUCUCGCUUGGCGAGAUGGCCCGUAUUCACAAAAAAAGCGGAGAGUCGGUCUAUGCUUCGGUCUUGAGAAUCAACGGCGAUAAAGUCACACUCCAGUCGUUUGAGAAUACAAGGGGACUCUCAACGAGUGACCGCGUUGAAUUUUUAGGGAAAGAGAUGGAGGUGGUUGCCUCGGAUAGUCUGCUAGGGCGUCGGUUCAAUGGAUCGGGGAGAUCGAUCGACAAGGGGCCACAGGUUUCUGGCGAUUCUGUCCAGCUGAAUGCCCCCUCUUUUAACCCUGUUCGGCGGAUCGUUCCCCACGAUCUGGUUCGUACAAACAUCCCGAUGAUCGAUGUCUUUAACUGCCUCGUUAAAUCGCAAAAAAUCCCCAUUUUUUCAAUCGCUGGAGAGCCCUUUAAUGCGCUGUUAAUGCGCAUUGCAAACCAGACAAAUGCCGAUGUCGUUAUCAUCGGAGGUAUGGGGCUUAGAUUUGACGACUACCAAGCUUUUAUCGACAAUGCCGAAAAGGCGGGCUCUCUUGAAAAAACCGUCAUGUUUAUCCACCAAGCGACCGAUCCGGCUGUCGAAUGCCUCUUGGUGCCAGAUUUAGCUCUAGCUGUUGCGGAGAAGUUCGCGACAGAAGAUAAAAAUGUGCUCGUCCUUCUCACCGAUAUGACGGCUUUUGGCGAUGCCAUUAAAGAGAUUGCGAUUACGAUGGAUCAGAUUCCAUCGAAUCGAGGUUAUCCCGGCUCACUCUAUUCCGACUUGGCGGCCCGUUAUGAAAAAGCCGUCGACAUUGAAGGGAGCGGCUCCAUCACCAUCAUCGCAGUGACGACAAUGCCAGGUGGAGAUGUGACCCACCCCAUCCCCGACAAUACGGGGUAUAUCACCGAAGGACAGUUUUAUCUACACGAAGGGAGAAUCGACCCCUUUGGCUCCCUUUCGCGUCUCAAACAGCAGGUCAUCGGGAAGGUCACGCGAGAAGAUCACGGAGAUAUCGCCAAUGCGCAGAUUCGGUUGUAUGCCGAAGGGAAGAAGGCGCGUGAAAGACAGUCGAUGGGUUUUAAACUCUCUCGCUGGGAUGAGAAGCUUCUCCACUUUACCACCCUUUUUGAAGAUCGGAUGAUGAAUCUCGAGGUGAAUCUUUCACUUGAAGAUGCCCUCGACGAUGGAUGGAAAAUGGUCAGUGAGUGUUUUGAGCAGCAAGAGGUGGGGAUUAAACAAACCCUGAUCGAUAAAUAUUGGCCAAAAUUGAAU